AUGAAUUCUGAUGAAUUUCUAUCUGCUGCUCAAUUAUUACUACAAUUUAUUGUGAAGUAUAGAAAUGCAGCAUUUGCUCGUGAAUUUCCAGUAUUGCCGAAUAAAGAAAAAAUUCAACCAAAUUAUCUUAAAUCACUUUUGCCAAAUAAAGCACCAGAGGAUAAAGAAAGUUUCGAUGUAAUACUUCAAGAUAUUAAAGAUAAAAUUAUGCCUGGACUAACCCAUUGGCAACAUCCAGAUUUUCAUGCUUAUUAUCCAACAGCUACAUCGUAUGCAUCAAUAUUAGGAGAUUUAUUAUGUUCAAGUAUUGGAUGUAUUGGAUUUUCUUGGAUAUCUUGUCCACCAUGUACAGAAUUGGAAGUGAUCACAUUAGAUUGGUUGGUUCAUGCUUUAGGAUUACCAGAGAAGUUCUUGUCAUCUAGCAGUAUGAAUGAUCCAUUACACAAAGGUGGUGGAGUUAUCGAAGUAAGUGCAAGUUUGGCAUGUGCAACAAUAGCACUGGGUAUACGUGAUCGAGUGAUGAAACUAAGCAUGAAAAACACUGAAAUCAUAAAUAAGAAUAAAACUGGAAUCAUAGUAGACCGACUGGUAGCGUAUACAUCAGAUCAGGCGCACAGUUCUGUCACUCGUGCAUUCCAUCUGGCUAUGUUGAAAUGUCAUAUGAUUCAAACAAGAAGGAUUGGAAAAAAAUUGAUUUUUGAUUCAAGCGAUCUACAAGAAGCAAUUGAAAAUGAUAAAAUCCAAGGUUUAAUUCCAGUGAUGUGUGUAGCAACAAUGGGCACAACAUCAACAUGUGAAUUUGAAAAUCUUUAUGAAAUUGGUCAAAUUUGUAACAAAUUCAAUAUUUGGUUUCAUGUCGAUGCAGCAUAUGCUGGAAGUGCAUUACUUUGUCCUGAAUUUCGUUAUUUCGGAAAAGGUAUUGAACUAGCUAACUCAAUCAAUAUCAAUGCGCAUAAAUUAUUACUAGUAAAUUUUGAUUGUUCACUACUUUGGUUAAGUGAUCACACUGUGAUAUCGAAUGCAUUCGAAGUGAAUCCACUUUAUUUACAUCAUACAUUUGAAGGAAUGCCAGAAUAUCGUAACUGGAGUAUAUCACUCGGUAGACGGUUUCGAGCUUUAAAACUGUGGUUUGUUUUACGAUUAUAUGGACUUGAAAAUAUUCGUCGUCUGCUUCGAUUACAUUUUGAUCUGGCCAAGAAGUUUGAACAUCUAUUAAUAACAGAUGGUCGUUUUGAAAUUGUCAAUGAUGUGCGAUUCGGAUUGGUGUGUUUUCGACUAAUGAAUAAUAAUGAAUUAACAAAGAGAUUGCAUGACGAUUUAUUGAAUAAAGGUGAAGUAUAUCUUGUUUUAAGUUCAUUUCAUGAGGACAAACAUCAAGAAUUUGAUCAAGCGAAUACCAAUAAGAUACAUCAAACAACAACAACAGCAACACGAACAACAACCGUAUUUCUGCGAUUCGUAUCAAUACACGGUACAACAAUGGAAGAUAUUGAUUAUGCUUAUAGGAAAAUUGCUUUAUGUGCUACAGAGAUUCUUGAUAAAUUUAAUAAAUUACCCAUCGAACUAAUAUGAAUAGAUUCACUGAUAAAUUGAAAGAGAAAUCG